GCGAGAUUUGGCAGUGGAGCGUAGUGGCGACGUGAACUCACUGGAGAAGUGGAGAGUUAUUUGUGUUGUCGGAGUGUGUGCGCGCUGUGCGGGUAUCAGGGGGUGUGUUUGCGGGGAAGCGAGCGUGCGUUUAACGCGAGAGCAAAGGCGAGCGAGCUGGCGGACUUCAACAUGGCAUCCGGCGAGACGCUGUACAUCGAGGCGGACGGCUCGGAGAUGCCCGCGGAGAUCGUGGAGCUGCACGAGAUCGAGGUGGAGACCAUCGAGACCACGGUGAUCGGCGGCGACGAAGACGACGAGGACCAGCCCAUGAUCGCGCUGCAGCCGCUCGUGACAGACGACCCGAGUCAGGUCCACCAGCACCAGGAGGUGAUCCUGGUCCAGACCCGGGAGGAGGUGGUCGGCGGAGACGAGUCGGAGCUCCGCGGGGAAGACGGCUUCGAGGACCAGAUCCUCAUCCCGGUGCCCGCGCCCGGCGCGGAGGAGGACUACAUCGGGCAGACUCUGGUGACAGUCGCGGGGAAGAGCUCCGUGGGGCGGGUGGGGAAGAGAGCGGCGUCGGGGGGCAAGAAAUCGGGCAAGAAGAGCUACCUGAGCGCGGCGGAGGCCAGCGGGAGGAAAUGGGAGCAGAAGCAGGUGCAGAUCAAGACUCUGGAGGGCGAGUUCUCCGUCACGAUGUGGGCAUCGGAUGACAAGAAGGACAUCGAUCACGAGACGGUGGUGGAGGAGCAGGUCAUCGGGGAGGACUCUCCUCCGGAUUACUCCGAGUACAUGACGGGAAAGAAGCUCCCUCCCGGCGGCAUCCCGGGGAUCGACCUGUCGGACCCGAAGCAGCUGGCGGAGUUCGCCAGCCCCUUCAGUCACAGCGGAGCUCAUGUUGCUCGUAGUCCCGUCCGAAUGAAGCCGAGGAAGAUCAAGGAGGACGACGCGCCUCGGACGAUCGCCUGCCCGCACAAAGGCUGCAGUAAGAUGUUCAGGGAUAAUUCAGCCAUGAGGAAGCACCUGCACACUCACGGCCCGCGGGUCCACGUGUGCGCCGAGUGCGGGAAAGCCUUCGUGGAGAGCUCCAAACUCAAGCGCCAUCAGCUGGUUCACACCGGAGAGAAACCCUUCCAGUGCACGUUCGAGGGCUGCGGGAAGCGCUUCUCUCUGGACUUUAACCUUCGGACACACGUGCGGAUUCACACCGGGGACCGGCCCUACGUUUGCCCGUUUGACGGCUGCAAUAAAAAGUUCGCUCAGUCCACCAACCUGAAAUCACACAUCCUGACACACGCCAAAGCCAAAAACAACCAGUGACCUGCGGCGCGGCGUCGUGUCCUCAAGCAUCCUACACUGGAGACGUGAACCCGUGCUCUAGUUCUCUCACACGGACCGAAGGAGGCUGUGACUGUAAAAGCCCCGCAUUCAAACCCACUUCACAACGUGGCUCUGUCGGCGAGGAACCGAAAACAAGACGGCGCGGACUCCUCCAACCCAUCGACGGAUGAGGCUUUUUACUGCAAAAUCACAAAAGAGAUCAUCGGGACUGUUGCUUCCUUCUUUUCCACUUUUACUUCCUUCUCUGGUCUUCAUAGAUAUAUCGCUUUUAAUUUUCUAUUUCUCCAAGUGUGCAUAUUGUACACUUAUUUUGGGAGAUGCUUGGUAAGGCGGCCUGAGAUCAUGAGUCUCCUCUGAGAGUUUGACGUGUUCCUCACAGACGGCGUGGUGAUGUUAGCUGCUGUGGACGGUGUGUGCGUUUCUUUCUCUGUGGUUUUGUAUGGUUGUUAAUAAUCUGCAGGACGUGAGCGGAGCGAUCAUGUAGACGUGGGGAUCUGCUUUAGUCCUCUGUCGUAUCACACGGUAAACCGCAGUGUUUUUCUUUGUUAGAAUGUAUUGUAAAGGUCCAAACCAUGAAUUAUCCUUUGUUAAUAUUUACACCUAUAUUUACACCUCACCUGUAUUUCAGCAAACUACAAUUAAAGAGGGAAAAAUCA